GGGGGGUAGCAUACGCAGCAGCUGAAAAUCUGCCGAGGCCCACGGUACCACGCAGUGUCCCCGUGAGCCGCCCAAAAAGCAGAGCGUGGGGUGGGGAGGCCCCUUUACGCCUCCGGGACCGCAGUAUGACACAUGUGCAAUGCUGUGAUCGUGGUGGCUCCGUGUCCCCGUGACAAGUCGUUGCCCUCCGGCUGUGCACGCAGGGAACACUCCUCGUGGCACAGACUCGUGCUGAGUGUGACACUUGUGGUCUUCCAGGGGCCGGUGAGGUUUGAGGACGUGGCCAUCCAUUUCUCCCGGGAGCAGUGGGAGAUGCUGGCGCCGUGGCAGCAGGAGCUGUACCGUGCCGUCAUGAUGGAGAACUACGAGCUCCUUGUCCAGCUCGGCCAGGAAGCUGCCAAACCAGAGCUCGUCUCCAGGCUCGAGCGGGGGGCAGAGCCGUACGGCCCCGAGCAGCAGGACUUGGAGCGGGGCGCAGUCCCUGCCAGCACUUCCACGGGGAAACGGUCCAGGAGGAGAGCGGGGAGGCAGAGGCAUCAGGUCAGCUCCCAGGGAGAUGCAGAGGCUCGAGGGCCCUCGUCCUCGACGCUGAAAGCCCAAGCGUCCCUGGCCGAGACUGACGGGCCGAGCCCAGCCGCCGGCAGCCCUGCCUGCCCGGGCCUGGGGGCCCGUGAGAGCCCGCUGCGGUGUGGGCAGUGCGGGAAGAGCUUCGCCCGCUGGCAGAACCUGGCGACGCACCGGUGCCUGCACACCGCUGAGCGCCUGCACGGCUGCGCCCACUGCGGCAAGCGCUUCGCCACGUGCAAGGUGCUGCAGACCCAUGUGCGGGGCCACCAUGCCGGGGGGGGCCCUGCACUUGCCCCCACUGUGGGUGCCCUUCACCACGCGGCAUGGCUGCGCUACCACCGCUGCCAGCUGGCAGGGCAGCACCCCCACCGCUGCGCCCGCUGCGGCAAGGGCUUUGCCACUACCUCCCGCCUGGCCACCCACCGGUGUGUGCACUUGGCCGAGCGCCCCUUCGCCUGCGCCCACUGUGGGAAGGGCUUCCGGCUCCGGACUGGCCUGGCCUCGCACCAGGGCAUCCACACCAGGGAGAGGCCGCACGCCUCAGCGUAUUUAACUUAUGACCUCAUAUACCUGAUCCAAUGA